GAAACCGUUUUCUGUCUUCUAUCGCUUCAGGCACGGGCAGUUGUAGUCGCGGUAAUAUGGCGACGAUUUUUUCAGUACUUACAUAGAUAUAGCCCUAGACGAUUCUAUGGAACUGCCUUUGAACGGCAAUGUUUCUGGUUGAGUGUAUGAUGACUGGCACUUGGAAGUUUUUCUGUCAAGAACAUAUGUAGUGCUCCUGAGAAUUCACAAAGGCAGCUGCAGCACGUAGAUAUUCCAGUUUCACUGUUUUCAAUAAGUCGCUGCAGAAGAAAAAUUUUGUGUAAACUAACAGCACUACGUACUUACAACCGGUUUCAGUUUAUUCACGCGACUACUUUAUUACUUACAUAAUUUUGCGACUAGUUUUGAUCUUUAGACAGGAGUUUUGCAUGAUAGUGGAACGCACACGGAUGGACAUUUUUCUGCCAAACCCGAGAGAAGAUUUUCGCACGGG